GGCGGGGGAGCAGGAGGAGCGGAGCGGGGCGAUGUGGCAGCGCUCGGUGUGCGUGGGCCUGCUGGCCCUGGCGCUGGGCUACCUGUGCGUGCUGGGCCCCGAGCUGCCCCCCGCGGCCCUGCGGCAGCUCUCGGCCUCGCUGCUGGGGACGCUGCGCCGCGCCCGCUCGCUGGAGGCGCGCACGGUGGCGGCCUGGCAGGCGGCCAUUGUCCGCCCCGCGCGCGGCUGGGCGCGCGUCGCCGUCGGCGUCAACGCCUGUGUGGACGUGGUCCUGUCCGGCGUGAAGCUGCUGGAGGCGCUGGGUCUGGAACCCAGGGAUGGGAAGAACCACGCGGUGCUGAGCUCCGGGCAGGACCUGGGGGAGGCCUUCACCCACUUCAUGGAGCGAGGGGCGGCCGCCGAGCGGUUCUUCAGCGACGCCGCGGCGUUCCGGGACAUCGCACGGACGGCCUCGGAGCACCCUGCGGCACAGCUCUACGUGGGAGGAAACGCUGCUCUCAUCGGGCAGAAGCUCGCGACAAAUCCAGACCUGAAGAUUCUCCUUUGUGGCCCAGUUGGCCCCAGACUCCACGAACUGCUCGAUGACAACGUGGUCGUGCCACCUGAAUCCAUGCAGGAAAGAGAUGAAUUCCAUCUUAUCUUGGAGUAUCAAGCAGGUGAGGAGUGGGGCCAAGUGAGAGCACCCACUGCCAACCGCUUCAUCUUCUCCCAUGACCUGUCCAACGGUGCCCUCAACAUGCUGGAAGUGUUUGUGUCCAGCUUGGAUGAAUUCCAGCCAGACCUUGUGGUGCUUUCAGGACUUCACAUGAUGGAAGGGCAGAGCAAGGAGGCGCGACACAGACGGCUGAUGGAGGCUGUGGCCUCCAUCUCCGACAUCCCUACUGACAUUCCCAUUCACCUGGAGCUGGCCAGUAUGACUGAUCAGGAUUUUAUGAGCAACAUUAUGCAUCAGCAGGUCUUUCCCCUGGUGAACUCCAUCGGGCUGAACGAGCAGGAGCUGCUGUUCCUCACCCAGGCUGCCUCCGGCCCCCACGCCUCCCUGGGCUCCUGGAGCGGGAUUCCCGACGUGGGGGUGGUCAGCGACAUCCUCUUCUGGAUCCUGAAGGAGCACGGGAAGGCGGCGGAGCGGGCGUCCGACCUCACGCGGAUCCACUUCCACACCCUGGCCUACCACAUCCUGGCCACCGUGGACGGGCACUGGGGCAACCAGGCGGCGGCGGUGGCGGCCGGGGCCAGGGCCGCCGGCACCCAGGCCUGCGCCACCGACACCAUCGACACCAGCAGGGUCCUGCUCAAGGCCCCCCGCGAGUUCCUCACCUCCCACACGGAGGCUCCCGCCAAGAUCUCCCUGAACCCGGACGAGCCCGUGGUGCACUGGCACAGGGAAGGCAUCUCGUUCCACUUCACCCCCGUGCUGGUGUGCAAGGACCCCGUGCGGACCGUGGGGCUGGGGGACGCCAUCUCCGCCGAGGGACUGCUCUACUCCGAGGCCUAUCCUCAGUAGGAAACCAGGAACUUCUCCUUCUCCAGCGCUGCACGGUGUCUGAGACCCGUGGAUUGGGAUUUGAGGCAGUGGUGGCAUAGGAACAGAACCGGGGUGUGGUGUGUUUUCCGGGUGUAACUGAAAAAGAGCCAAAGAAUAAUUCCAGGUAUAAACUGUCGGCACAUUCCAGUCACUGGGCAGUGACUCGAACCCUUCUCGUGCGGGUGCAGAUGUUUUAGUAUUUAAUGUGAAAACUGGCUUUGUCCUGAGCAGGGGGAGAGGGAGGCAAAGACCAAAAUCCCUGGCUGGUGUAGGUUUGCUGUUUGUAGCUCAGAAUGGAUCUUGUCUGGUAAUGCUGGGAAGUGCAGCAGGAGAAUUCCCUGCCUGUGGAUCCCAGGGAGAGCACAGCAGUGCCCGCCCUGCCUUGCCUCUGGUAAAGUCCAAAUAAAAGGCUUGUGGCUCAUCUCCUCCCAGCACACUGCAAACCUUCCCUUGCCUGGGGUGAUGAUGGAAUUUUUGCCUGGUGAAAUCACCUCUUGGUGUCCCCAGAGGGAGCCACGGUCCCAAAAUGUGAUGCAGACUGUACCUGCUGCAGGCUGUGCAGGUGAUGCUGGGUGUCUGUGACUUAAAAGUGUUCAGCUGAGCCCCAGCAGCCUGUGCUUAGCUUUUGGGAAAGUGGGAGUGAAGACAGUCGGGGUUUUUAUUUGGGGGACAGCUCUGCUUCCCUGCCAGGUGGCCCUCAAAGCGUUACCUUGUUUGCUGUACACUAAAUACCUUCUCUGCUGACAGCUGCUGUGUUACAGAAACGCUCUCGAGUGCUGGAGACUCAAUUUUGGUUGUUUGAGAAUGGUUGUGCCAAAUUCUUCAGUCUUCCUGCUCUCCAUUCAGAAGGAUUAAUAUAUUAGGGAAGGUCCCUCUGGAAGCUCAGAAGCUGUAACAGCAUUUUCCAGGUCAGACUGAAGCGAGAAGGCCUUUUUAGGGUUUGAUGUUGGAGGUUUUUUGACUAGGUCACCAAUAGUUUCUUUGCUCUGGCCUUUGAAAUUAAAAAAGCAGAACCCUGUGUCCUUGUUAAAUACUUCUGGUUUUUUUACCUGUUCACAGUCACACACCACGAACUGCAGAGCACCAGCCUGGGGUUUGUGUCUUUCCAGCGUGGUUUGUCUCUGGCCACUUCAGGAACUUCAGGUGUAUCUGUGUAGCUCUCACAGCCAUUUUUCAGACCUGGAUUAAAUGCCAUCAGCAUGUCUGGGCAAGCCUGUGCCUCACCAGAGUUUGUAGGAGGUUGUUUAAGGUCAGUCUUUGUGUCUGCAUGGAGGGGAGGAGAGUCUGUCACUCAGGGUGGAGUGAUCUGUCUCAGUAACGCUGUCAUGCUGCUGUCAGGGAUGUUCUCCUGUUGGAAAAUCCAUCCUGAAUGCUCUGCAAGGAUAAAAAUUGGCAGCUGUUGUACUUGCACUGACUCAGCACACAAUGCUGGCUGUCAGUGUGUGUUCAGCUUUCCCUCUGAGCAAAGUCUUCUGUGUUGUACAGAGCAGAAAUACAGUCACUGCUGUGUUUUCCUGCAGCUCAUCCCAUCCUGAGCUUCCCUUGACUCUCAGCAUUUUAUCUUGGUGCAGGACCUUCUCAAGACUGGAAGUAUUUCUAUCCAGAUUAUUAUUUUUAUUAUUAUUAUGGAUAAACUGUAGCACAGGACUCUGAGUUCUGGUUUAGUCUUCCUAAAUUAAAAAUUAAUUAAAAAACCUCUCAGCUGUCUGAGAGGUCCCAGGCCAUUAGCAAGGUCAUUUUUCAGCCUCUCACAGGGCCACCAAAGGCCAUGGAUCUGCCAGCUGGAGAACUGAGCCUUCCUGGGUCCCACUUUCCUGACACUGGGCCAAGCUGUGGAUUCUCAAGUUGGAAACGAAACAAAACUAAACACACACAAGCUGUCACCAGCAAUGGCCCUGCUGCUGUAUUUCACUUUUCUCUUCCAAAAACACUUCCAGGGAUGUGAGGCUGAUUGGACUGGCAUUCCCUAUGGCCACUUAAAACCACGGGACUGCACUUACAGACCUUGUCCAAGGGCAAAGUUGUGCUUGUAUUGAACAGGAAUGUGACAGGCCUAAAGUAUCUCUUUUUUUAAGCUAGUUUGAAUAAAUAAUUGGUGUAAACAGUUAUAAAAAAGGAGUUUAUUGCUUAGAAAUCACCUGGGCCUUAAAGCUAAACUCUAAUUAUUGUUAACUCCUCCUUCCUGCUGUUCCUGUUCUUUCUCACCAGGUUACAUUUCUCCCGUGGGUGCCCUGGCAAUACCUGGCACUGUGAGUCACAUCUCAAAUGCAGCAGCUCCUGAUGGCCAGGCUGCUGCUCCAUCCAGAUGUGCUUUAUCAGGCACACAGAGCUCACCUGCUACCAAAUGCACUUCCCAAGGAUAAUCCUUAAGCAGCUGUGCUGGUGGGAUCCAGGACUCAGUUCUGAAACAAUCUAUAUGAUAAUAAAUGUGAAUUGGAUGGAGGGGCCCAGCAGCCUUCACUCCAUGUUUCACAUGCUGUGAACAUGAUGUGCUUAACUUCCCUGUGCCUUCCCAAGGGAAUGACAGGCAGGGUGGCAGAGCUCCUGAAAUCCUUCCCCUGCCUGUGCAGUCUCACACUCCUGCACAGCCUCAGUAGUGACAGCACAGAAAAGCUGCUCUAAAAGCUGCAAAAAUACCAAAGCUUCAAACCCAGGCUUGAAGUGACUCUGCCCUUGAUCCUCUCUGUCUCUACAAAUUGUGUUUGUUCUCCUGUGUUACUUAUACCUGGAAAUCCACAGUGCUGCAGGACUCAAACCUCUGCCAACCUCACACUCCCGAACAAGGGUUUCCACUGGAAAUGUUUUUUCACACACAUUUUGCUGGAGGUGCAGCAGCUGAGCUCAGCAUUGGGACAUCUCCCCAUGACAAAACCUGUGCACUUGGGUAUUUCCCUCUGUGUCCCUGCAGCUGCUGCAGCCACCUUGGUUUGGGUUGUUUUGUCUUAUCCAGGAUCCAGAAUGAGCAUUGUUCCCAUCUUUUCUGUGCCUGUCCCUUCCUGAAGGUCAGGUGGUGGAUUAUUUGAGAGGUGUGAAUCACAGGAGGCUGGCAGAGUCCCAAAGGACACGUUCCUUCACUGUGCCCUUGGUGCUCUCCAUGGAAAAACCAGUCCCAAAUCUGCCUCUUCCCAGUUUAAAGGCUCUUUACAGUUUUUUUUCUCCUCUCCAGGAGAGUUUCACAGCGUUGCUAAGGAAUUACUUGAUUUUCUGUUUUUACUUCUGUGUUUCCUGGUUAUCUCCUGUUGGGAUAUGUGAGAUCCAGUUAUGUUUGCUCUUCCCUCCCAAAUUCCUUUUUACAGAACUGGUGCUGAAAAGUUCUUCCUGAGCCUUUAGCAAAGACCUCAGCAGCUGCUCUGACCCGUGUUAGAUGUUGCCUUAGAGCUCAGCUCCACUCCUCAGCCACUGGAAUCCAAAGCUUGGACAGCAGCAGAGCACUAGAUCCACUCCAAAACCCCAUGGAAAACCCUCAGCACUUGUGCUUGGCUUUUUUUUUCACUAUUUAUUCUGUAAGGAUAUGCUGAGUUAUCAGGAAUUAUGUGCCACAGGUGACCUUUCCAGCCACAUCCUGAGAAAAGAGUUGAGUAGUGGGACAGUUUUGUGAGAGUGGUACAACAGAACUCGAUUUCCAGUUACCCUAAAAGUUGUUUUGGGCUCUUUUUGGCACUUGCAGCUUAGGUAAGUUAGGGAGAUAAGCUCAGGAAAGCUGAGGGUUGUGAGUGAGUGACCAGCUAAAGUGUCUCUGUGCUAAUAUUUGGGUGCUGCGUCAUAUGUUCAGAGCAGCUCCUGUCACACAAUGUGCUGCCUUGCUAUUCCUGGGCUAAGGAAACUCACCAACUUUUAGGGAAAAGAGGAGG